CAGUUAUACUGUGGGUAUGAUAAUGACCUGUUGCGUGCAGCCGCAUAACCGCUUACUGUGCAUGUCAACAGUUUUCCUGUCCCUGCCUGACGCUUGCAAGUGGCACAGCUGCUAUCUAUAGUCAAGCUCUAUUUUCAGACCAUGCAGACAGGACGCAAUGGAACCCUCACAAACCUUUAUUUACCGUCCGGAUCUGCCGGAAAAAUGGCUGAUCUACUCUUGAGUCACACACUGAGUUGUCUUUUGAGAGCCUUUUUUAGGAAAACUGGGUUUAAGGGAUCAUGGAAGUGCCUGGAAACCUGGGAGUCGAGCUGGCUGCUCACGCUGAGAACUCGACCCCUGAUCUGGAGGACUACGCCGGCUGGGUGAGAGUCAAAGUAGAGGAGAGCUGGUUCACUGUGGAGCGGGCCUUACUUGCGAGGAACAGCAACUACUUCAGGGCUCUCUUCCACUCUGGGAUGAUUGAAAGCCACCAGGAUGAGCUACACUUAAAGGGGGGAGUUCAUGCAAGGGGUUUCCUUAUUGCCCUUGCUGUCUGCAGGGGGGAGAUUCCCACUCUCACAGAUCCAGAUGAGCUUGUAGAGGCUGUUGAGUGUGCUGCUUUCCUGCAGGUGGAGUGUUUGGUGCAGCAUCUUUGUGACAUCACUGACUCCGAUAACUGUCUACUGCUCUAUCAAGCAGCCUCUGUCUUUGGUGUGCAUGCACUUUUUCACAAGGCUGCUCUUUUUCUUUGUGAUGCCUUUGAUGAUUUGUGGGAAGCAGCAGAGAGUACAAUCUCUGAAGAGCUUCUUCAGUAUUCUCAAUCAUUAUCCCCAUCUUCUUUUAUUGCAAUAGGCACACAUUCUCCAUCAAUGGAGCUGCUGCAUGACUCCUUUAGGGUUGUAUGCUACCUUGAUGAAAAAGCUGGAGAGUGGAAGCAUCUGACUAAUCUUCCUACUCUCUGCAGCACCUCCAUGGCUGGCGUGGCAGUUCUUGACAAUCGAUUGUACAUUGUCGGGGGAGUUUAUGGAUACGGGAAAGACACAGUUGAUGCUAGUUUCUGCUACAACCCUGAUUCUGGGGUUUGGACAGCUCUUCCAGGUCCUCAGCAACCAAGAUUUGACUUCACAUUGCUGGGGCAUGAAGGACGACUCUACGCCAUUGGUGGGGAAUUCCAGAAAAGGACAAUUUCCACGGCAGAGUGUUUCAACGUUGAGAAAAGAGAGUGGACAUUUAUUCAACAUGCACCAAGGCCGGUAGCUUCUGCAGCUUGCGCUGUUGCAAGACGGCGGAUGUUUGUUUGCUUCUGGAAACCACCAGACACCACAGAUAUUUAUGAAUACAUACCAGCGAAAAACGAGUGGAAACUUGAAACCACUAUGAUCAAAUCUCAAAGCUAUGGCCACUGUAUGGCGGCCCACAGGGACAAUUUGUAUGUGAUGCGUAAUGGGCCUUGUGACGACUUCCUGCGCUGCUUAAUGGACUGCUACAACAUCACAACAGGUCAGUGGACAGCCAUGCAGGGACACUAUAUCAACAGCAAGGGGGCGCUUUUCACUGCAAUGAUAAGGGGAGACUCUGUGUUCACAGUGAAGCACAUGCUAACUCUGGUGUACACCAUCACUGGAGAUGGAUGGAAGCCCCGCAGGCAGAUGAAAGGAUUUCCGAAGAGUGGUUCGCUGUGGACGUGUUUACUCAGGCUUCCCAAGACGGGACCAGUCACACCACAGCUGGAAGCAGAAGUGAAGGACGAAGUAAUGCCUUUGCCAGACACAUCUGAGGGAUUUGUGGAAGCUUUACUGCAACUGUGAAAUUCCUGCACAUGUGAAGAACAAUGCCAUAUUUUUCAGGUUCAAAAAUAGAACUACGAAUUAAAUGUU